AUGACGACAACUGCUACUACCCUCAAGGGGCAACCCUUGGAUCGUCCCGCCCUAGACUCGAUGCUUCGACGACGAAUGUUUUAUACCCCUUCGUUUGAGAUCUAUGGAGGUGUUGCUGGUCUCUACGAUUAUGGCCCACCCGGCUGUAGUCUCCAGGCAAACAUCAUUGAUGUAUGGAGGAAGCAUUUUGUGCUUGAGGAAGACAUGCUGGAAGUUGACUGUUCGGUACUGACUCCGCAUGAAGUUCUAAAGACAAGUGGCCACGUGGACAAAUUUGCCGACUGGAUGUGCAAAGAUCCGAAAAACGGCGAGAUCAUUCGAGCAGACCAUUUCGUUGAGGAAAUACUCGAAAGCCGACUAAAAGGAGAUAAGGAGGCUCGCGGCCAAAAAGUCGAGGAGAAAGAAGAAGACCCUAAGAAGAAGAAGCGAAAGGCCAAGGGCGUGCAAGAGGCUGUCAAACUUGACGAUGCUGUUGUUCAGGAAUACGAAGAAGUAUUAGCCAGGAUUGACAACUACAAUGGCGAAGAACUCGGCGAGUUGAUCAAGAAAUAUGAUCUCAAGAACCCAUCUUCUGGUGUGCAACCCUCGCCGCCUGUUGCAUUCAACUUGAUGUUUCAAACGGCUAUUGGUCCUAGCAGCAACCUCCCCGGUUACCUAAGACCAGAAACCGCACAGGGACAGUUCUUGAACUUCUCUAAGCUGCUAGAAUUCAACCAGGGCCAAGUGCCGUUUGCAUCGGCGUCUAUUGGCCGGUCGUACAGAAACGAAAUCUCGCCUCGAGCUGGAUUACUUCGAGUACGAGAGUUCCUGAUGGCGGAGAUCGAGCAUUUCGUGGAUCCUGAUGGCGGAAAGAAGCACCCACGUUUCCAGGAAGUCAAAGACAUUGAACUAGUACUGCUGAAUCGCACAACUCAGCUCUCCGGUAAAACGCACGUCGAAAAGAUAUCCAUUGGUAAGGCCGUAACUGAUGGCAUCGUCGACAACGAGACUCUUGGUUACUUUAUGGCCCGAAUUCACCUAUUCCUUAAGAAGAUUGGUGUUGAUCAGUCCAAGAUUCGCUUUAGACAGCAUAUGGCGAAUGAGAUGGCUCACUACGCUGCGGACUGCUGGGAUGCAGAACUUCUCACUUCUUACGGAUGGGUUGAAUGUGUUGGAUGUGCAGACCGUAGUGCUUACGAUCUGAGUGUUCAUGCUAAGAGGACCGGCGCCCCCCUUAUUGUUCGCGAACAACGGGCUGAGCCGCUGGUUAUCGAGGAAUGGGAGGUUGAUCUGAACAAGAAGAAGUUUGGUCCCCACUUCAAGAAAGAUGGUAAGACAGUGGAGGCUGCUGUUUUGGCGACUACGCAGGACCAGCGAGAAGCACUAGCAAAGGACCUGAGCGAAAAGGGGAGCAUCACUGUUGAAGUUCCUGGUGUUGGUGACGGAAAGGCCGAGAUCCCGAAGGAUCUUAUCACUAUCGAGCGACGCACACGAGUUGAGCAUGUUAGGGAGUACACACCCAAUGUCAUCGAACCCUCUUUUGGUAUUGGUAGAAUACUUUACGCUCUUAUGGAGCAUAAUUUCUGGACUCGAGGCAGCGAGGGCGGUGACGAAGCGCGUGGCGUUCUCUCGUUCCCGCCAACAGUAGCCCCCACAAAGGUGCUCAUCGUUCCACUAUCAUCCAAUGAACAGUUUAGGCCAGUUUGCUAUAAGCUGUCUCAACGACUUAGAAAAAUAGGAAUCUCUAGCCGUAUCGACGAUUCUUCCGCAACGAUCGGAAAGAGAUACAGCCGUAACGACGAACUCGGUACGCCACUUGGCAUUACGGUUGAUUUUCAGACUGUUCAAGAUAGCACGAUCACACUGCGAGACCGAGACUCGACUAAACAGGUUCGUGCAGAUGAGGAUAAGAUCAUCGCCGCGAUCCAGUCCGUAGUUGACGGGAGCAAGGAGUGGAAAGACGUUGAGGCUGAGUUACCCAUUUUUGAAGGGCAAGAGAUCGAAAUCGCUACUCGUUAA